GCUAUGUGUUGGUCUGAUUCAAAUGAAGAAAACCCUUGACUGUCUGUGUUAAGUGAAGAAUUUGAAAGUAAAUGUCAUAUUAAAAAAGCUUGCAAAAUAUGGUAUUGAAACAUUCAGGCACUACCUCCCCCUCAACCUCAAACACACCUUAAAAUACCUCAAAUUAGCUGGUGGACAUUGUUUUAAAGAACCAACAGCACCAUGCAAGGAGCUAAUAAGGUGACUAUCUGGGUCAUAACUGGCCUGAUGGCCGUCCUCACCAUGUUCUUCAACCUGUUCAUCUUCCUGAUGAGCCUGAGGAGCUAUAAGCAGAACAAACACUGGACCCCCUGUGAAACCAUCAUCACAGCCCUGUCCUUGGCCAAUGGAGCUCACCAGCUGCUCUGCUAUCUCUGGAUGACCAUGACCGAAAUAGACAAAGACUGCCGACUGGAAGAGCUGUUCUACUCCUUAAUGAUAUUGACAGUGUUCAGCCUCAAGUUCACUAUCAUGUGGACCACCUCCUUCCUGACCUUCUACUACAGCACCAAGCUAGUGAUCGAGCCCAUCCACUGCUACACCAAGAUCCAGGAGGCCAUCCUGAAGCACGUCACCACGGUGGUCCUGGUCAUCCCUAUGUGUGGUCUCAGCACGUGUCUGCCUAUGCUGACUGUCCUCGUCCCUGAGAACAAUACAUCGGAAAACAAGGACUGCGGUUCCAUCAUGCCUAAUGACACCCCUGGCAUGAUCUAUAACACUGUUUAUCUAGUCCUCUCUAAUAUCCUACCGGGAGUUCUGAUGGUAAAGUGUUGCAUAUCCAUCUCUGUUCACCUGGGCAUCCAUCUCCAGCACAUGAAGGCCAGUACCAAUGGUUCCCACGCACCCAAGCUGGGCUCUGAGAUGCGGGUGAUACGCAUGACCCUCGCCCUGGUGGUUGUUUUCCUCUGUUUCAUGGUGGUUGAUUUAUAUGCGUACUAUCAGGUGACGGUGAAGAAAGAGAAUGCUAUUCUGCUCUCUUUUCUCUUCACCUCCAUCUAUACCACUUUCAGUGCCUUGGUUCUUAUCUACGGUAAGAAGACAUUCUGGAAGGUUCUCCUCCACUCUUACAAUGUCGGCCUGGAAGAGUUUCCCUGUCUGUCCUGCCUAAAGGUGCCAGAGACCAAAUGCAAACCCAGCUCUGCUCACACAGUCAAACACUGA